UGCAUUGUUUGACCCACCCCUCCGAAGCCCGACGCCGACGCCGUCCGCCGGUGGGAGGACAGAGGAGAUGUCGACGGCGGCAGCGACGGCGGCGCAGCAGCUUCCGCGGUCGGAGUCGCGGACUCUGUCAGGGCACGAGGGCGCGGUGCUGGCCGUGCGCUUCAACCGUGACGGAAACUACUGCCUGAGCUGCGGCAAGGACCGCACCGUCCGCCUCUGGAACCCCCACACCGGCGCCCUCGUCAAGACCUACAAAUCCCACGCCCGCGAGGUUCGCGACGUGAACGCGUCCUCGGAUAACGCGAAGCUGGUGUCUUGCGGCGCGGAUAGGCAGAUCUUCUACUGGGACGUUGCCUCCGGCCGCGUCAUCCGCAAGUUCCGGGGCCACAAUAGCGAGGUCAAUUCAGUGAAGUUUAAUGAGCACAACACGGUUGUAUUGUCAGCUGGUUAUGACCGUACGGUGCGUGCAUUUGACUGCAGGUCACAGAGUAGUGAUCCAAUCCAGACAAUUGAUACCUUUCAAGAUAGUGUAAUGUCAGUCAGUGUGACCAGCACCGAAAUAAUUGCUGGCAGUGUUGAUGGUACUGUCCGAACAUUUGACAUUCGCAUGGGUAGGGAGACUGUUGACAACCUGGGGCAUCCUGUCAACUGUAUAUCGUUGUCAAAUGACCGGAAUUGCUUGUUGGCUAACUGUUUGGAUUCUACUGUGAGGCUUCUUGACAAGAACUCUGGAGAAAUGUUACAAGAGUACAAGGGACAUAUAUGCAAGGCCUUCAAGAUGGAUUGCUGCCUGACCAAUGACGAUGCGUUUGUUGUCGGUGGAUCAGAGGAUGGGUUCGUUUUCUUCUGGGAGUUAGUGGACGCACCUAUUGUUGCGAGCUUCCGAGCACAUAGCUCCGUGGUCACUAGCGUCAGCUAUCACCCAACAAAGACCUGCAUGCUGACAUCAUCUGUCGAUGGCACUGUUCGUGUUUGGACCUGAAGAUAGAAUUAGCUGAUGUUUUUGUGUUAUCUCUACAAAAUGUGCCCGUGCCAGUGUUCUCCAUAUCAUCCUUCUAUAAAGAUGCAAGGAUUCAGAAGGAUAAGAAAUUCAUGCAAGUCCUAACCUAAUGGGAUUUCUGCAUCCUAAUGGUCAGGACCAUCAAGAGAAGAAUGUGUACUCUACUGCAGUCUGCAUGUGAUACAUCCCACAUGUAUACAAAUUCGGUGAUAAUCCUGUUUUGGAAAUGCUGUAGCUUCGAUGUUGUAGUAGGUUGGAAAUGUUGUAGCUACAAUGUCGUAGUAGGUUGGCUUGUGAAAGAUAAUGUUUGAUAAUCUCUGUCGAACUGAGUAAAAAAGAUCUGGAAUGUCUUGCUAUGUUUUAA